CCCUGAGGCGCCUGCGACGAGGAAAGUCGCCCACGCUCCGGGACAGCAGAAGCCGGCUCCACCUAAGCCACAGGUCUCCGAAGCUCCACGGGUGUUUCUGUCAGCUUCACCUUAGCCACACGUUUACAGGGCUCCUCCAAGUAUCCCGCGGGGACCCAGGACCCUCCGCCAUUCACUACGGCUUCUGCACAGCCCAGCGCCAGCGCCGCGCGGAGAAUACCUGGGAACGGGCCGGAAGCGCCCUCCGUGCCCGCCCCCUGCCCGCCGGAGCCGGAAGUCGGCUACUCCAGUGGGUACGCCGCCCUCCGGGGGCCGCACCGCACCAUGCUCCGGGGUCCGGGCAGCCGCCUCAGGGUCACUGUAGCACCCGCCGCGGCCCUGGCUGUGGCUCUGCUCUCGUCGGUCUCGCACUGCUCCCACCCGGAGCAGAAAGAUCGUGAGGUCUUGCCGCUGAGCUCUUACUUCGGCACCAAGACUCGCUACGAGGAUGCCAUCUACAAGGAUGCCCACUCCGAGGAGCCGCGGCAGGACCUGUACCUGCUGGAGGAGGCCUGCACCCCGGUGCAGCUGGUCGCUCUCAUCCGCCAUGGCACCCGCUACCCUACUGCCAAACAGAUCCGCAAGCUGCGGCAGCUGCACGAUCUGCUGCAGGCUCGCCGGGCCGGAAAUAACAGGGCGGACGCCGGCGGCGGCAGAGACCUAGGCGCCGCGCUGGCCGACUGGCCGCUGUGGUACGAGGACUGGGUGGACGGGCAGCUGGUGGAGAAGGGACGGCAGGAUAUGAGACAGCUGGCACUGCGCCUGGCCUCCCUUUUCCCGACCCUCUUUAGCCGCGAGAACUACGGCCGCCUGCAGCUUGUCACCAGCUCCAAGCACCGCUGCGUGGAGAGCAGCGUCGCCUUUCUGAACGCGUUGUGGCAGCACUGCUACCCUGAGCUGCCGCUACCCGACGUCAAAGAGAUGGAGUGUGGACCACCAAGAAUUAAUGACAAACUAAUGAGGUUUUUUGAUCAUUGUGAGAAGUUUUCAAGUGAAGUGGAAAACAAUGAUACUGCUCUUUAUCAUGUAGAAGCCUUCAAAACUGGACCAGAAAUGCAGGACAUUUUAAAAAAAGUUGCAGCUACUUUGCAAGUGCCAGUCAACAGUUUAAAUGCAGAUUUAAUUCAGGUAGCUUUUUUCACCUGUUCAUUUGACCUGGCAAUUAAAGGUGUGAAAUCUCCUUGGUGUGAUGUUUUUGACACAGAUGAUGGAAAGGUAUUAGAAUAUUUAAAUGAUCUGAAACAAUAUUGGAAAAGAGGAUAUGGGUAUGCUAUUAAUAGUCGAUCGAGCUGCGGCCUGUUUCAGGAUAUCUUCCAGCACUUGGACAAAGCAGUUGAACAGAAAAAAAGUGCCGUCAUCACCCUCCCAGGCAUCCAGGUCGCAAACCUCUGCAUCGUUCUUCACUGUCUGCCUCAUUUUCUACAUCUACUCACCUUGCGGUGGUCUCAGCCGGUUUCCUCUCCAGUCAUCCUUCAGUUUGGUCAUGCAGAGACCCUUCUUCCACUGCUUUCUCUCAUGGGCUACUUCAAAGACAAGGAGCCUCUAACAGCUUACAAUUACAAGGAACAAAUAAAUCGGAAGUUCCGAAGUGGUCUCAUUGUACCCUAUGCCUCAAACCUAGUAUUUGUCCUUUACCAUUGUAAAAAUGCUCAGACUCCUAAAGAAGAAUUCCAAGUGCAGAUGUUAUUGAAUGAAAAGGUGUUACCAUUGGCUCACUCACAAGAAACUGUUUCUUUGUAUGAGGAUCUGAAGAACCACUACAAGGACAUCCUUCAGAGUUGUCAUACCAGUCAAGAAUGUAAAUUACCAAAGGUGAACAACACAUCCGACGAGCUGUGAAUAACUGGAGGACAUUUUAAUUUCAUUAGGAAUCCAUAGGGAGUGAUUACAUACUUGGAAUAAGUAGGCAAUCCCGGGUUACAAAAAGCUUUCACAUUGCUUGGGUAUUUCUGUCUUUUCACAGAAAAAUAUUGGGUUUCUUUUUGAGUCUGGACAUGGAUGUGUAAGAUGGUUCUUCACUGGAGCUGCUCUUUUAAGGGGGAAAAAAAUGUAUUCAAAGAAAUAGCUGGCACUGCUAAUGUUUACAGCAAUUAUAUUCUUCCUAUUUAUACAAGAAACUCACACUGAGAAUAUGUCUUCAAAAUGAUACUUGAAAGUACUGGAGUAACAAAAUAUGUCAUUUGGAUGAUCCAUAAGUUGAUUGAACUAAGUCUAGGAACAUUACCAGUUGUGCUGCAAUUCUCUCUUUUUCAUCUGGCGGCACAGUUCUAAUGUUGCCUUAAUGCGAAAUAUUGUGAUACAGUGGGAGUACCACUUUGGAAGAAAGCUGACAUCUCUCUUUUUGAGAGUUUGAAACAAUAUUAAAAACAGUCUGAUUUCAAAGGACACUUUCACUGAAGGAAGACAAAAAGUAUAAUAAAAUAAAUAUUUUUGUUAAUGGUAUUUAUGAAGAAUUUGAAUACUUUUCCAGUAAUUCCUUUUAACCUCCUACUAAGUCCUACAAGGCCAUUCUUUAAUUAUUAUCAUACCUAUUUUACAUAUAUAACAAUGGAAGGACAAAGAGGACCAUUAGCAACAAGUCAGAUGGAUGGAAUCAAAGUUUCUUAAAUUCAUUGCUUAACAAGUCAAUAUUUUGCUUCUAUUUUUAUAUUUUGCUAUUAUGUGAAAUACCUUUUGGUUACUUAAUUUCUUUCAUUCAUUCUUUCUUUCUUUUUUUUUUUAAAUAAAGACUUAGUCCUGGCUGGCUUAGUUUCAUAGAUACGAACCCAUUUCAAAGAAAUAGUUCUGAGUUCUGUCAAAUGCCAUGAAAGUGUUUGCUAUAAUAAUAAACAGAAUUCUUGUGAC